CUUCAGUUUCUCUCUCCGAAAACCCUAACCAAAAGCUCGUUCCCAAAUUUCUCAGGGAUGGAACAAACUGAAACUGCUAAGGAAGCGUCUGGCGACCAACCCUUACCUCCACCUCUGCCACUUCCGGUGGUACCACCCUCUCCUAAGUAUUCCAUUAUGAGUAGAAGAGGAACUGGGCGUGCUGGGAGGCGCAUACCUUUGGUUGCAAACCACUUCAAAGUUUCUGUUAAUGUUCCAGAUGCCGUAUUUUACCAGUAUAGUGUUUCCAUCACUUUAGAAGAUAACAAAGAUGUCAACGUCAAGGGAAUUGGGAGAAAACUUAUUGAUAGGCUAUACCAAACAUACUCUUUAGAAUUUUCUGGUAAAAGUUUUGCAUACGAUGGAGAAAAAAGUCUGUAUACUGUGGGUCCUCUGCCACAGAAGAAGUUUGAGUUCACGGUUGUUCUGGAGGAAUCAUUUGCAAAGAAUGAAAAUGGAAGUCCUGGUUUUACUGGGAGCCCCAAUGAGAGUGGUAAACGGUCCAAGCGUUCUUUUAACUCAAAGACUUUCAAGAUACAAUUGAGUUAUGCUGCCAAAAUACCCGUGAAAUCCAUUGCCCUUGCUCUUAAAGGAGCUGAUGCAGAUAAUAGUACUCAGGAUGCAUUGAGAGUGCUUGAUAUUAUUCUGAGGCAGCAGGCGGCUAACAGGGGAUGCCUAUUGGUAAGGCAGUCAUUCUUUCAUGAUGACUCUCAGAACUUCGCUGAUGUUGGAGGAGGUGUAAUUGGUGUGAGGGGGUUCCAUGCUAGCUUCCGCCCAACACAGGAUGGCCUUUCUCUUAAUACGGACGUCUCUACAACAAUGAUUUUAAAACCUGGACCUGUGACUGAGUUUUUGAAAGCUAACCAGGGUGUACGAGAAAUCCGGCAAAUUGACUGGGUGAAGGCAAAGAAAAUGCUGAAAAAUAUGAGGAUUAAAACCAGACACCGAAACAUGGAAUUUAAAAUCUUGGGCUUGAGUGAGAAGCCCUGCAAUCAGCUAUUUUUUCCAAUGAAAGUGAAAAAUGGUGACGCCACGAAUGAAGAGCAGACUGCAGAUAUAACUGUGUAUGAUUACUUUACUAAACACUGUGGCAUUGAACUAACUGAGUCUGCAUACCUGCCAUGCCUUGUUGUUGGAAGGCCAAAAAAACCCAAUUAUUUACCUCUUGAGCUCUGUUCACUUGUUUCUCUUCAACGGUAUACAAAAGCAUUAUCCUCAAACCAGAGGGCAUCUCUGGUUGAAAAGUCAAGGCAAAAGCCUCACGAAAAAACAAAGAUUUUGGUUGAUGCAGUAAGAAAUUACCGCUAUGAUAAAGACCCUUUGCUGGCUGAAUGUGGUAUCUCCAUAGAGAAGCAAUUUACUCAAUUUGAUGGCCGCAUCCUGGAGUCCCCAAAGUUGAAAUUUGGAAACGAUGGUGAAUUUGCCCCAAAUAACGGGAAAUGGAACUUUAAUAAUAAGACAGUUUUGGAUCCUCGUCACAUUAGCCGUUGGGUUGUUGUUAACUUCUCUGCACGCUGUGAUCUGAGUCAAAUUUCAAGGGAUCUCAUCAGCUGUGGAAGGAAAAAAGGCAUUCAAAUUGAUGGCCCAUAUACAUUGAUUGAUGAAGAUCCACAAUCUAGAAGAGCGCCCCCCAUUGCUAGAGUUGAGAAGAUGUUUGAACGGAUCAGAGACAAGCUUCCAGGCCCACCUAACUUUAUCCUUUGUGUCUUGUCGGAGAGAAAAAACUCUGACAUCUAUGGUCCUUGGAAGAAAAAAUGUUUGACUGGUGAGUUUGGCAUUGUUACCCAAUGCAUUUCUCCGUUUAAGGUUAACGAUCAGUACUUAACCAACGUGCUCCUUAAAAUUAAUGUCAAGCUUGGAGGGAUGAACUCUAUAUUGGCAAUUGAGCAACCUUCAUGUGUCCCUGUAAUAAAAGACACUCCUACAAUGAUUUUGGGAAUGGACGUCUCUCAUGGGUCUCCGGGUUGUUCUGAUAUUCCUUCCAUAGCUGCGGUUGUCGGCUCUAGAUAUUGGCCAUAUAUUUCAAAGUAUGGAGCAUCAGUAAGAACGCAGUCACCUAAAGUGGAGAUGAUUGAUGCUCUGUACAAGCCAUUGGCAAAUGGAGAAGAUGAUGGUAUCAUCAGUGAGCUGCUUGUGGACUUCUAUAGAACAAGCAAUGGGCGCAAACCAACUCAGAUUAUUGUGUUCAGGGAUGGAGUGAGCGAAUCACAAUUUAAUCAAGUCUUGAACAUAGAGCUGGAUCAAAUCAUAAAGGCUUAUCAGCAUCUGGGAGAGGUUAACAUUCCCAAGUUUACUGUAAUUGUGGCUCAAAAGAAUCAUCACAUGAAGCUGUUCCAAGCUGGUAAUUCGAAUAAUGUUCCACCAGGGACUAUCGUGGACACAAAAAUUGUUCACCCAAGGAAUUAUGAUUUCUAUUUGUGCUCUCAUGCGGGGAUGAUUGGAACUUCUAGACCAGCACACUAUCAUGUCUUACUUGAUGAGAUUGGUUUCUCUCCUGACGACUUGCAAAACCUAAUCCACUCCCUAUCAUACGUGUAUCAAAGGAGCACAACUGCAACUUCAAUAGUUGCUCCAAUAUGCUAUGCUCACCUCGCUGCGUACCAAGUGGGGCAAUUUAUGAAGUUUGAGGAUUUAUCAGAAACUUCUUCAGGACAGAGAGGCAUGACUUCAUCGGGGAUUAUUCCUGUUCCAGAGCUCCCUAAGUUGCAUGAGAAAAUAAAGGAUACCAUGUUCUUUUGUUAAGGCAAUGUCGGUAGGUUUUCGCGGACAUAGUUUCAUUUGCUUUUUUGACACUGCAGAUAAUUAUGGCUUUAUACUUUUAUUAGGAACAUACAUAUAGAGACAGGAAAUCUCGGAUGGUUAUUAGGUGGGUGGAGGUAUAGGUGUACAUUGAAA